UUUCCCUCGUAAUUUCAUUCUUUCGCUCUGUCUCAGAGUCGUCGUCGCUUUUCCACGCUCGGAACCCCAAAGUUCCCGGAUAAAUCUCAGUCUUUGGAUCUACAAAGGUUUGCUUUGGCUAGGUUCCUCUACCUUCUUUGUAUAGGAGUUGGUAUACAGGAAGACCGUAGGUUUUAUACAACAAAUAUUGUUCAAAGAUGGGGCGUCUAAAGCUGCAAGCUGGAAUCAAUGCAAUUGAGGAGGAACCUGAGGACUGUGAGGCCACCUAUUCUAAUAAAGCUACUGUAGCAUGCAUGAUUAAUUCGGAGAUAGGUGCUGUAUUGGCAGUCAUGAGGAGAAAUGUAAGAUGGGGGGGUCGUUAUAUGUCAGGUGAUGAUCAGUUGGAGCACUCUCUAAUUCAGUCUUUGAAGGCAUUACGGAAGCAAAUCUUUUUGUGGCAGCAUCAGUGGCAUUCUAUCAAACCUGCCAUGUACCUACAGCCAUUUCUGGAUGUGAUUCGGUCUGAUGAAACUGGUGCACCAAUCACUGGUGUUGCUCUGUCGGCUGUCCACAAGAUUUUAACCCUUGAUGUGAUUGACCAAAAUACUGUAAAUGUUGAAGAUGCUAUGCACUUGGUAGUUGAUGCUGUCACUAGCUGUCGAUUCGAGGUGACUGAUCCUGCAUCAGAAGAAGUGGUACUAAUGAAGAUACUACAGGUUCUUCUGGCUUGUAUGAAAAGUAAAGCAUCUGUUAUGUUGAGUAAUCAGCAUGUUUGCACCAUAGUGAAUACUUGUUUCCGAAUAGUUCACCAAGCAGGAUCAAAAGGUGAGUUGUUGCAGCGCAUAGCUCGCCACACAAUGCAUGAACUUGUUAGGUGUAUAUUCUCACACCUUCCAGAUGUUGACAACAUGGAAUGUGCGUUGGUAAAUGGCACCAAUACCAUUAAACAGGAGAUUGGUGGGCUCAAUAAUGAGUACACUUUGGGAAGUCGACAAGUGGAGAAUGGCAACAUGGGUUCUGAUUAUGAUGGUCAACCAUUAUCCACAAAUUUUGCUUCCAAUGCUUCCACGGUUUCAGUAGCAACUGGGAUCAAUGAAAAUACAAUUGGGCCUGGCAACGGAAAGGAGGCUGUUUCAUAUGACUCGCAUCUGAUGACUGAACCAUAUGGGGUCCCCUGCAUGGUGGAAAUAUUUCACUUCCUAUGCUCUUUGUUAAAUGUUGUUGAGCACAUGGGAAUGGGAACCAAAUCAAAUACUAUAGCAUUUGAUGAAGAUGUGCCUCUUUUUGCUUUGGGUUUGAUCAAUUCAGCUAUAGAAUUGGGUGGGCCUUCCAUUUGCCAACACCCCAGGCUAUUGAGUUUGAUUCAGGAUGAAUUAUUCCGUAAUCUAAUGCAGUUUGGCUUGUCAAUGAGUCCACUUAUUCUUUCAAUGGUGUGCAGCAUCGUUCUCAAUCUGUAUCAUCAUCUGCGGACAGAACUCAAAUUACAGCUUGAGGCUUUCUUUUCUUGUGUGAUUUUGAGGCUUGCGCAAAGCAGAUAUGGGGCUUCAUACCAGCAGCAGGAGGUUGCCAUGGAGGCUCUUGUUGACUUCUGCAGGCAGAAAACAUUUAUGGUGGAGAUGUAUGCUAACUUAGAUUGUGACAUAACUUGCAGUAAUAUCUUUGAAGACCUUGCUAAUCUGUUGUCAAAGAGUGCAUUUCCUGUGAAUUGCCCUUUGUCGUCAAUGCACAUCCUUGCUUUGGAUGGUCUCAUUGCUGUUAUUCAGGGAAUGGCUGAGAGGAUAAGCAACGCAUCAGUUGGUUCAGAACAUGCUCCUGUGAAUCUUGAAGAGUAUACUCCAUUUUGGAUGGUGAAGUGUGACAACUACAGUGAUCCUAGUCAUUGGGUUCCAUUUGUCCGCCGAAGGAAGUACAUCAAGAGAAGGUUGAUGAUUGGAGCCGAUCACUUUAAUCGUGACCCCAAGAAAGGGCUGGAAUUCCUCCAAGGAACACACCUCCUGCCUGACAAACUUGACCCCCAAAGUGUGGCCUGCUUUUUCAGGUACACUGCUGGGUUGGAUAAGAAUCUUGUUGGUGAUUUCCUGGGAAACCAUGAUGAGUUUUGUGUUCAGGUUCUUCAUGAAUUUGCUGGGACUUUUGAUUUCCAAGAAAUGAAUUUGGAUACUGCACUGCGGCUGUUUUUGGAAACUUUCCGACUACCUGGAGAAUCACAAAAGAUACAAAGAGUGCUUGAGGCAUUCUCGGAGAGAUACUAUGAACAGUCACCACAGAUUCUAGCUAACAAGGAUGCUGCUUUGCUAUUAUCGUAUUCGCUCAUAAUGCUUAAUACAGAUCAGCACAAUGUACAGGUCAAGAAAAAGAUGACAGAAGAGGAUUUCAUCCGGAAUAAUAGGCACAUAAACGGAGGCAGUGAUCUACCUCGAGAAUUCCUGAUAGAGUUGUACCACUCAAUUUGCAAGAAUGAGAUCCGCACAACCCCAGAGCAAGGUUCUGGUUUUCCGGAGAUGACCCCAAGCCGGUGGAUUGAUCUAAUGCACAAAUCCAAAAAGACGGCUCCAUUCAUUGUAUCUGAUUCCAGAGCCUACCUUGACCACGAUAUGUUUGCUAUAAUGUCAGGCCCAACAAUUGCUGCAAUCUCUGUGGUAUUUGAUCAUGCAGAGCAUGAAGAGGUUUACCAAACUUGUAUUGAUGGAUUCUUAGCAGUUGCAAAGAUUUCAGCAUGCCAUCAUCUUGAAGAUGUACUGGAUGAUCUAGUUGUGUCUCUCUGUAAGUUCACAACCCUCUUGAAUCCAUCAUCUGUCGAAGAACCUGUGCUAGCCUUUGGCGAUGACACGAAAGCAAGAAUGGCAACUGUGACAGUUUUCACUAUUGCCAAUCGGUAUGGUGAUUACAUCCGCACAGGUUGGAGAAAUAUUUUGGAUUGCAUCUUAAGAUUGCACAAGCUUGGUCUUCUUCCAGCUCGUGUGGCCAGUGAUGCAGCUGAUGAAUCAGAGCUUUCUGGUGACUCUGGACACGGGAAGCCUCUCCCAAAUUCUUUAUCUUCAGCUCACAUGCCAUCCAUGGGUACUCCUAGGAGAUCCUCUGGAUUGAUGGGCAGGUUUAGUCAGCUCUUAUCUCUUGACACGGAGGAGCCAAGAUCCCAACCUACUGAACAACAACUGGCAGCUCAUCAACGCACCCUUCAGACAAUUCAAAAGUGCCACAUUGACAGCAUAUUUACUGAGAGCAAGUUUCUGCAUGCUGAAUCUCUAUUGCAGCUUGCACGAGCACUUAUCUGGGCUGCCGGGCGACCUCAGAAAGGGAACAGCUCUCCUGAGGACGAAGAUACAGCUGUUUUCUGCUUGGAGUUGCUGAUUGCUAUCACCCUGAAUAACAGGGAUAGGAUUGUGCUUCUUUGGCAGGGUGUUUAUGAGCACAUAUCCAAUAUUGUCCAGUCUACUGUUAUGCCUUGUGCCCUGGUAGAGAAGGCUGUUUUUGGACUCCUCCGGAUUUGCCAACGGCUGCUUCCCUAUAAAGAGAACCUUGCUGAUGAGCUUUUAAGGUCACUACAACUUGUUUCAAAGCUUGAUGCCCGGGUUGCUGACGCAUAUUGUGAGCAAAUUACUCAGGAAGUCAGUCGUCUUGUGAAAGCUAAUGCCUCUCACAUCAGAUCCCAAUUGGGGUGGCGCACAAUUACAUCCCUACUUUCCUUCACGGCUCGGCACCCUGAAGCUUCUGAAGCAGGAUUUGAUGCACUAGUGUUUAUAAUGUCUGAUGGAGCUCACUUGUUGCCAGCCAAUUAUUUGCUUUGUGUCGAUGCUUCAAGGCAGUUUGCUGAGUCUCGCGUCGGGCAGGCAGAAAGGUCUGUGCGUGCACUGGAUCUUAUGGCGGGUUCUGUUAAUUGUUUAGCAAGGUGGGCAAGUGAGGCCAAGGAAGCAAUGGGGGUGGAGGAAACUGUGAAAAUGUCUCAGGAUAUUGGGGAGAUGUGGUUGAGGCUUGUGCAGGGAUUGAGAAAAGUUUGUCUGGACCAGAGAGAGGAGGUUAGAAAUCAUGCUCUAUUGUCGUUGCAAAAGUGCUUGACUGGAGUGGAUGAGAUCCACCUUCCACAUGGUUUGUGGUCGCAGUGUUUUGAUGGGGUGAUCUUCACGAUGCUUGAUGACUUGCACGAUAUCGCACUGGGACACUCCCAAAAGGACUUCAGAAACAUGGAAGGCACGCUCAUCCUUGCCAUGAAACUCUUGUCAGAAGUGUUUUUACAGUUACUCAAUGACCUCUCACAGUUAGCUACAUUCUGCAAACUAUGGUUGGGUGUUCUCAGCCGAAUGGAAAAAUAUAUGAAGGUGAAAGUUAGGGCAAAGAAAAGCGACAAGCUUCAGCAGCUUGUGCCCGAGCUUCUACAGAAAACUUUGCUUGAUAUGAAAACAAGAGGCGUGCUUGUGCAGAGGAGUGCAUUAGGUGGAGAUAGCUUGUGGGAACUGACGUGGCUACAUGUUAAUAACAUUUCUUUGUCAUUGCAAUCUGAAGUGUUCCCUGAUCAAGAUUCGGAGCCAUUACACCAUAAGCAAGGUCAAACAGGGGGAGGUCCUGUAUCUGAUGAAACAGGUUCUGUUCCAUUAAAGGAAACCGUGACCUCUGAAGGUGCUGUGACUGGAGGUUAGUUAUUGUACAGUGUUUUGGCUGCCGGGACACAUGAUCUUGACCGCUGAGAAGCUACUAUAGUAGAUAAUCUCUAUUAAGUAAUUGGAAUUUACAGAAAUUGGUAGACCAUAUCUUCAUUUGGUUGGAGCUGCUUAAGUGAGCCCUUGUUCGAAUCCCCAGGCAGGUUGGUCAGUUUGUUGAUACUCAUCUUCAUUUCUUUCCAGCUCCUGUUCCUUCCUUCUCAUUUUUUGCCUCCAGGAAACCUUCUUGUUGUGCAUUUCCGGCAUAGAAAUCUGGGUUUCUCCAAGUGUGGUAUUAUAGUUUUCUAGACUUCUAGUAGGAUGCUAAUUAAGCCGAGAAUUUACCCGUUUUCUUUCCCCCUUUCUUUGGUUAUUUGAAAAUCUGGAGGGGAAGGAAGUAAGGAACGGAUUCGUCCGAGAAAUGUAGUCAAAUCCUCGUGUAAUUUUUGUAUCGGCUUGCUCAUUGAUGUACAUAACUUAAAAAUUGCUACUUUUCACUUCUAAGCAGUAUAUUUACCCAGCAUGGCAAUGAAGCGUUCUUCGGCUUGAUACUU